AUGUUAGUUUACCUUUCAUCACUCAAUGAUGCCGAAAAAGCUGACCUUAAGGAUCUAUUAAUUAAAAAUUCUUAUGACGCCGAAUUUAUAUCGGAAUUAUUAAACCAAAAAAAACCAUUAUUCAAUUAUCCUAUGAUGUUACAAGAACUUUCAAUUGUGAAAUUGGAGAUGGCUGUACAAUCUUGGAUUCACAGAUGCGCUAUUGAAUUCGGUUGUCAAAUGAAUCAAAUGGACGAACAAUUAAGCUUAAUGACUUCAAUUUUGUGUAAAUUAUUUUUAAGAAAUUCGGUAAAUUUAAGGUGUUUUAGGGUUGAUAAAAUUCCAAGCCAUGAUGACAUUCCAGAGCUUUCUCCUCUUCUUGAAAUCACUCCGACUCUCGGAUUUACAGGAUUAUCAAAUAUUACAAAGCUCGAAAUUGAUUAUUUCCAACAACCCAUGUUGAAAAACACUAUAAAUUUAAUGAAAACAAUUCCAAAAUUAUGUAGAAGAAUUCAAACUUUGAAUAUCAAGCUCCCGAUGUUCGAAAGUAAUCCUGAUGUCGUAGAAGCAAUAGUAUCAAUUAUAACUACUCAGAAUAGAUUAAGAGAAUUUAGUCUAGAGGGUGUGGAAAAUGAAAAUGAUUCCCAAGUUAUCAUUCAUGCAUUACAAUCCCAAGUUCGUUCAUUAACCUCCGUAGAAAUAGACAGAGUCAACAUCACGACAUUGUCACUGUACGCUUUGGCUAAAUGUACGAAUUUGGAAAAUCUUAAAAUAUCAAAUUGUCGAAAACUCACGGUCCAAGACAUGACUAAUACUGUAACUACGACUCCCUCGACCGUUGAUGAAUUGUGGAAUUUAAUCAAAUUUGAGAAUUUAAAGAAAUUACAUAUUACAAAAUUACAAAGGAAUGCCAUAAUUUAUUCCUUGAUAAUUCAAGCUGCUGGAAAGUCAUCCUUACGGGAAUUAACAAUGGACAUAAUAACGCAGGAUACGAUUAAUUCUAUGAUCGAGAAUUGUUCAAAUAUCACACAUCUUACUCUCGUGGAUUAUUGUCCGUCCCUUCAUGACCAUUUGUUAAGCUCUUUAUUCCAAACAUUACAAAACGUCACUCACUUAACCAUUCAAACACCAUCAAAAUCUCAUCCUAUUUUGGCGUCCGAAUCCACUAUCAUUUCAGGAAAAUCGCUUCCAUCUUCGCUCACAUAUUUAAGACUUCAAUGUGGAUUUAAAUUAGAUGCAUUGUUAAGUGAUUGUAAAGCGAAAUUAAAAGUAUUGAUUGUUGACGUUGUUAAAACUUUGUAUAUGGAUAUGAAGGUGAUUUCAGGUUUUAUUAAAGGACAAGCAGGGUCUUCGGUAAAGUAUCUUGGAGUUGGAAUUGGAGGUGAAGCCAGAUGGAAUGGCAAAGUGGUAAAAGAGUUGGAAGAGUUGAAAGAAAAUUUUGGUGUCUGCGUUAUUCCUUGGUACGAAUUUGAAAAAUGGUAG